AUGACUAGUGCUAAUAACGGGAUUUUGGGUGCUGUGAGUGGCGCUGGCAAGGCUAGUCCGAUAGCGGUGAGGACCGCCCUGGUGUCGGUCUAUGAUAAGACUGGUCUCGACAGCUUGGGAAAGUGCCUGGCGAGCUACGGUGUUAAGAUAUUAUCAACGGGCGGGACUGCCAAGAAGAUGAAGGAUUUGGGCUGCUCGGUGAUGGACGUCAGCGAGUACACUGGGAGUCCGGAGAUUCUCGAUGGUCGUGUUAAGACCUUACACCCUAAAGUGCAUGGGGCGUUGCUGGCGGUGCGCGGUAAUGAAUCUCACGAGAGGCAGCUAGUCGAACUUGGAAUUGAAAAAAUAGAUCUUGUUGUUGUCAAUUUGUAUCCGUUCGAGGAGGCAGUAGCGUCCAUGUCAUCGGACUUCUCUGCAUGCAUCGAAAAUAUUGACAUCGGAGGCCCAUGCAUGAUUCGAGCCGCUGCGAAGAACUCCCAUGGUGUUUGUAUCCUCACCAGCACGGCUGAUUACGACGAGUUAGCUAGGGAGCUAGCAAUGAACAAAGGGUCGACCACUCCGGAAUUUCGCAGACGUAUGGCAUGCAAAGCUUUCGCGCUGACAGCCAGAUACGACAGUAAGAUAGCUGCCUAUAUGUCUUCGCUAGCGGAUUCGACGGAACCUCUCGCAGGGUCCGUAACGCAAGUUCUGAAUGGAACUCCAGGGUAUAUAAACCUCCUGGACGCGAUUAACUCUUGGAUGCUGGUCAGAGAAAUGGAUACAGCCACAGGACUCCCAUCCGCGGCUAGCUUCAAGCACGUGAGUCCCGCUGGUGCCGCGGUGGCAAGCGCCGAGUUGCAAGGCAAUGAGGCUUUCGUAUACGAGGUGGCUCCAUCAGCACGUGGUAACUUGACUCCGGUGGCUCUGGCGUAUAUCCGUUCGCGAAACGGGGAUCCUAUGUGUAGCUUCGGCGACUUUGUCGCGGUCUCCAGAACCGUUGAUGUGUCCUUGGCCAGCCUGCUGAAGUCCGACGUAUCGGAUGGCAUCAUCGCGCCAGGAUACGAGCCUGAGGCGUAUGAGAUUCUCAAGGCCAAGAAGGGAGGUAAAUUCGUAAUUCUCCAUGGGGAUACCAACUUUGUAUGUCCCGAAAUUGAAGUUCGCUCCCUGGGUGGCCUCGGUCUCCUGCAGAAGAGGAAUGAUAUCAUCUUUGAUUCGUCGUACUUACAGAACAUAGUCACUAAGGCGUCUACGUCCUUUACACAGCAGCAGAUCAUCGAUCUCAUCGUGUGCUCUAUCGCUGUGAAGUAUACGCAAAGUAAUAGUGUUGGUUUUUGCAAAGAUGGUAUGAUGAUCGGAAUUGGCGCGGGCCAGCAGAGCCGCGUUGACUGUGUGAAACUGGCUGCUAGGAAGGUCCAAAAUUGGUGGCACCGCCAACACCCCAAAGUUUUGGGUAUGAAAUUCAAAAGCAGUGUGAAGAAGCAGGCCCGUGUGAAUGCCCGUGUGAGGUAUAUCGAGGGGGAUAUGAGUGAACUCGAGUACACCAACUGGAAGGCCGACAACUUUGAUCCUGCUGAUGUACCGGAGCCUCUGAGUGAUGAAGAGAAAGCCGCCUUUAUGAAGACUCUCACGGGUGUUGCUGUAUCCAGCGAUGCAUUUUUCCCAUUCCGGGAUUCUAUCGAUGUAUGCAGUCGCUAUGGGGUAACGAGUGUAGUCCAACCAGGUGGCUCAGUUGCUGAUGCAGAGGUCAUCGAGGCUUGCGAUCAAUAUUCGAUGACAAUGGCCUUCUCUAGCCUGAGGUUGUUCCAUCACUAG